AUGCUCCUCCUAACUCUCCUCUUCAUGGCCCUUGGCCUCAGCGCCCACGCGCAAGCACCAGCGUCCGCGUCGAGAAACAACACGGUCGUCUCCAGCGCCUCAGCGUCACCCAGAGUCACAUCGUCGUCCAGAAUCACAUCGUCCGACUCCUCGGCCUUUGCCGUGGCCACCUCCACCAGCAAUGCCACCGCAGACACUACCCAAAUCACCAUGCCCUUCAUGAACACUGUGACCAGCGCCAUGGCCGGCUCGGUCGUUGCUGCCGAUGCCUGCGAGACGACAUAUGCCUUCCGAUGCACUGACAUUGCCGGAUGCAAUGGCCUAUCUGUCUCGGUCACUGCUACAAUAGGGCCCAGCAAUGUCGAAAUGGCGCUAACAACAACCACCGCCGGCAUUGUUAUCGUCGGCUGGCAAUCCUGCUCCUUCAGCGGCUCCAACCACGCCGUCUGCGCCUACUCUGAUACUAUCAACAACGCCAUGACGACAACCCGGACAGCGGGAGUGUCAACCAUCACCGGUGCCAGUAGCGUAUGGGUAGGCACGGUUUCCAUCACGGCCGGGGCGAGCAAGAUUGCGGCUGUCACGGGUACGUGCUCGCAGACGCCUUCGCCGGGUACUGCGCAGGGAGGUUCGCAAGUGAGCUCGCAGACGAGCAGGGCUGCCGCACCUGCUGCGACAGCUGCAGUGGGACUAGUGAAGGUUCUGGUGGCGCCCGUGGCUGCAGUUGCGAUGGCGGCUGCUGGUGGGAUGUUUUAG